AUUAUCCCCAAAAUAAACCUCAGCAAACACUAAACCAACAAUCUCCCUAAUCUUCACUUUUAUCAUCACUUUCACUUAAAAGUUGAGCUCCAAGCUUAAAAACUUUACAGAACCCGACAAAUGCCCAUCUUCUUCCCCGCCGUAUCCAGACCCAUCUUCUUCCUCUGCUCCAUACGUUCACCGUCUCCAAGAUUCUUCUCCUCAAUGUCGAAUUCCGUCAAUCCAUCCAAACCCCGUUUAAGGGGCGUUGUGUUUGAUAUGGAUGGGACAUUAACAGUUCCGGUGAUUGAUUUUCCGGCAAUGUACAGAGCGGUGUUAGGGGAAGAUGAAUAUGUUUCGAUUAGGAAGCAGAGUCCAUCUGGCAUUGAUAUUCUUCACCAUAUUGAGAGCUGGAGCCCCGAUAGGCAGCGGAAAGCUUAUCAGAUCAUUGCCGAUUAUGAGAAACAAGGCUUGGAUCGCCUCCAAAUUAUGCCCGGUUAGCUCAGUUCCUUCUUUUUUUGCAAUUUUCAAUUAGUUUUGGACUGUCCCUCUUGCUUUGUUUUUAUUGGGUUUAUUGAUACGGUAUGUCGGUUGGAUCAAACAGUUAAUUUGUGUUUUAGUUCAAUUGCGUUUUAGGGGCGUCGGAGCUUUGUGGGUUCCUUGAUGCAAGGAGCAUAAGGUGAAGUUCUUAUUGAUCUCAGUUUUGUUCUUCAUUCUUGUUCUGAUGGUAUUCUUGAUUGUGAAAUUUGUUCUGUUGGCAAUUGGCUCCUUUUUAGAAAUGAUGAUAAGAUGCAUAUAAAGUUGUCAGUUUAUGAGGUUGGCCUUGGAUGCGAAUGAUGUUCCUUAUCUUUGUGUCUAGUGUGACCAUUGCAUUAGUUGCGCUUUGUCGAAAAAGUUUCUGUCUUGUCGAAAUACGGGUAUAAUUCAGGAAUGAUUUCAGUCUCUGGCUAGAGUUCCACAUUCUGAAGAAUUUGAUCAACCUUGCAGUAGAGUUUAGCAUUUCUUUGAAUUGGCUAAUUUACUAUUCAUUAGAAUUCCCGUAAUGAGGAUUAAAUGAGAUGUCAGCUGAUUGGCUUACACAGAUGGAUGAUUUGAUUGUGUCAUUAUGUCUCUGGUGCAUCAACAGGAUGAGCUUUAACUCUUUUGGUUUGCCUGAAUUGAAUGACAUUACCGUCAGUUAUAAGUUUGAUUGUUCAUUUUUUCGGUCAAAAGUACUAUGCUCUUUACAUAAUUAUUGGUCUUUGACUUGUUCAGUGAAAUUCUCUGACCUCAUGUUUAGGAGGGGAUUAAUCACAAGAAACGUAAAGGAUGCAGUCGACUUGUUCCACCUACGGUUUGGAAUAACAUUUGCUCCAGCAUUGAGUCGGGAGUUUCGUCCUUACAAACCAGAUCCAGCACCGCUGCUUCAUAUUUGUUCAACAUGGAACAUUCAACCUAACGAAGUAAUGAUGAUAGGAGAUAGCUUGAAAGAUGAUGUGGCUUGCGGGAAGAGGGCUGGUGCGUUUACAUGCUUGCUUGAUCAAACAGGGAGGUACAACUCUCCAGAAUAUAAACACGUGGAAUUUCAACCUGAUUACAAGAUUACUUCUCUAGACGAAGUUGUUAAACUAUUGGAAGACGACUUCGACCUGGCACCUUAAGUCAAAGUCCUUGCUGAUUCUGAAUUUAGUAAUGAAGAUACCGUUGACCAGCGAAGUUGAAACUGGCAGUUAGGCAGUGGAAGCUGCCUUCUGAAAUGAGGAUGCAGAUGCCAUGUGCUUAGUUCUUGAUAUAAAUCAUCUUUGUCUCUUUCUUUGAUCAAAGAAAUUGAUCCAGUUUGUGGUUAGCUUCAUAGCACAUACAGUGGCUGAAGGAUAUGUAACUUAGGAUUCCACUGGUAGCAAUUCUCAGUUCCAUGAAGAAAUUUCACAUUCACAUUUUAAUAAGCCAAUCUGUACCCAUAUUAUUCUGGAAGCAUUAAACAUAUGCAACCAUAAGUAGCAAGUGAAUGGAUCAGUUAGAUUCUAUUUUGCAUUGCUGGAAAGUAGUCAAUAGUAUGAUGAAAUCAUUCCACAUAGGAAUUUACUUAGUUCUUACUCUCUCUCCGGUCUUUAUUAUCUGGUAGGGUUAGUGAUGUAAUUCUGUAGUUACAGUAUAUAAUUACUCUUUUACGGCUUUGUAAUUUAUAUAUACACAUCAUGUAUAAACCCUAAUAUAUAUAUGUAUGAUCGGUCUUACGGCUUAUGUUCAUGCCGGCCGACUUUUCCAAUUCAUUGAUCUUCUUUGGC